AUGGUGGUUCCCGAGACUCUCCCUGCCCUGGGGAGGCACUACGUCAGGAUUGUAACCUCCCUGCUGCUUCUGGCUGCUCCAGCCACCCUAGCUGCUGCCAAGACAGCUGGCCCCCCAGCCUGUGGAAAGCCCCAACACCUGAACCGAAUCGUGGGUGGUGAGGACAGCACCGAUGCUGAGUGGCCCUGGCUUGUGAGCAUCCAGAAGAAUGGCACCCACUACUGUGCAGGCUCCCUGCUCACCAACCGCUGGGUGCUCACGGCCGCCCACUGCUUCAAGGGCCAUCUGAACAAACCAGCCCUGUUCUCUGUGCUGCUGGGGGCCUGGAAGCUGGGGAACCCUGGCCCGAGGUCCCAGGAGGUGGGUAUUGCCUGGGUGAAACCCCACCCUGUGUACUCCUGGAAGGAAGGCGCCCGUGCUGACAUCGCCUUGGUGCGCCUGGAGCACAGCAUCCAGUUCUCUGAACGCAUCCUGCCCAUCUGCCUGCCUGAUUCCUCCGUCCAUCUCCUUCCGGACACCAACUGCUGGGUUGCUGGCUGGGGGAGUAUCCACGAUGGAGUGCCCCUGCCCCACCCUCAGACCCUCCAGAAGCUAAAGGUUCCCAUCAUCGACUCAGCAGUCUGCAGCCGCCUGUACUGGCGGGGAGCCGGGCAGGGCGCCAUUACGGAGGACAUGCUAUGUGCCGGCUACCUGGAGGGGGAGCGGGACGCCUGUCUGGGCGACUCCGGAGGCCCCCUGAUGUGCCAGGUCGAGCGCACCUGGCUACUGGCGGGCGUCAUCAGCUGGGGCGAGGGCUGUGCGGAGCGCAACCGGCCCGGCGUCUACAUCAGCCUAGCCGCCCACCGCUCCUGGGUACAGAGGAUCGUGCAAGGGGUGCAGCUCCACGGGCACUCGCAGGGUAGCGGGCCCACAGGACGCCGGGGACGGGCUCUGGGGGCGCGGCGAGCUCGCAGGGCCGCCCGGGGCCGCGGGGUUUAG